CUUUGUCCCAAACUUCACCAGAAGCUGCUGACCGCACGCGCUUUAGGGCGGACCAUAAAGGAGGAGCGCAGCGCGCGCACAAACACACCGCUGCCUCGAGGACACGUCUUUCUGUUCCUCCUGGAUUUUAGUGGGAGAAGAGGGGGAAAAAUCUCUUUUAAUUUCUGCUUCUUUUCUAUGGUUUUCUUUGAAUCCCCCAUUUGGGCGUCAGAUCCCGACAGUUAGCAGUGAGCCACUUGGACAUGGAGCCCUACACGGUCCCCGGAGCCGCAGCGCAGCUCUCUCUGUCCGACCUGUACUCCGUCAUCCCCUUUAACGUCACCUUCCCGGAGGAGCUGGCCGAGCUGAACGCCACGGAGCCCGGCAGCCCGGUGAGGGGCGCCGGGGGAAUGGUCAUCGCCGUGUCCAUCACGGCGCUCUACUCGGUCAUUUGCGUCGUGGGACUGCUGGGCAACGUCCUCGUCAUGUACGGAGUGGUCAGAUACACCAAGAUGAAGACAGCCACCAACAUCUACAUCUUCAACCUGGCCCUGGCCGAUGCCCUGGCCACCAGCACGCUGCCUUUCCAGAGUGCAAAGUACCUCAUGAACACCUGGCCCUUUGGGCAGCCUCUGUGCAAGCUCAUCAUUGCCAUUGACUACUACAACAUGUUCACCAGUAUCUUCACCCUCACUAUGAUGAGUGUGGACCGCUACAUUGCUGUGUGCCAUCCCGUCAAGGCGUUGGGCUUUCGGACACCAGUCAAGGCUAAGAUGAUCAAUGUCUUGAUAUGGGUCCUGUCAUCCGCGAUUGGGGUGCCGAUUAUGGUUAUGGCCGUGACCAGAGUGACAGAGGCUGGUAACAUUACAUGCAUGUUGAAAUUUCCGGAUCCUGACUGGUACUGGGACACCGUGACUAAGAUCUGUGUUUUCAUCUUUGCCUUUGUGGUCCCUGUGAUGGUCAUCACUGUUUGCUACGGCCUGAUGAUCCUGCGUCUGAGGAGCGUCCGUCUGCUCUCGGGCUCCAAGGAGAAAGACCGCAACAUGCGGCGAAUCACCCGCAUGGUCCUGGUGGUGGUGGCGGCCUUCAUCAUCUGCUGGACCCCCAUCCAGAUCUUUAUCAUCGUGAGGACGAUGGUGGAGAUCAACACCAGGAAUACUUUUGUCAUAGCCAGCUGGCACUUGUGCAUCGCCUUGGGCUACACCAACAGCAGUCUCAAUCCUGUCCUCUAUGCCUUUUUGGAUGAAAAUUUCAAGCGUUGCUUCAGGGAUUUCUGCCUGCCCUGUCGGACCCGCACGGAGCAGAACAGUGUGACCAGCGCCCGCAACACCACUCGGGAACCGGUGUCUGUCUGUGCUCCGACCGAGGCGGGAAGGAAGCCUGCAUGACUAGCCGAGGAGAGGGUCCUACUUAGCUCCAACAUGAGCAGAAUCCAUCAAGAUCCACAGUCACAGGACACCCUGAUCUCCACCACAGAGUUUUGAUGCCCAGUGAGGAUGAAGUACUGGGGUAAAAUAAGCAGGAAUCUCUGAGCUCACUGUCAAAAAUAAUGUCUGACUUUGACAGAUUGUCCAAAGCCCAUCAUCCUACGGCAAGAUCAUGAAACAGAAUGUUCUUUGUUUUUAGCUCAGAAUAAGAUGGUAGCAGAGUUCAAGACAACAGCAGCAGCUGGUACACUUAGAAGGAUUUCAGUGAUUGUGUUGGCAGGUGAAACAUCUACAUAAAAAAAACAAAAACAGCUUCAGUGUUUGUUUUUUUUUUGCAUUGACAAAGUGAGAAAUGUAUGACACACCAAACCAACGAUGGCUUGAUGGAAGAGUCCUCUGCUUGAACUGUUUCGAUCAAAAGGAGGCCACAACAAUCAACGCUGCACUAGAACGUGUGAUUGGAGGAUUUUUAAGUGUUUCUUGCUGAAUAUUUAGAAAUACAAUCAAUUUCAAAUUAGAUGGAAGGAUACAUAUGACAGACCCACUUUGAGAUCAAAAUUUGUUGGUACUCAGCUGUCCACUGGUGACCACCACUGGCAACCUCAACCAUGACAACGGCUUAAUGCCUGCAGACUAAUACUUCAGAGGCUGCCAGUGAAAUUCGGUUCAAUUCUACUCCAAACGAUAAUUAGAAAAAGAAACUCUGAGGUCUGUCUCGCUCUGUUGGACACUUGUGAAAAGUGGCGCGGUGCUCUCUUAAGUGAUGACUCACUCUGGGAAAUUCAGCUUCCUCAAUCAGACCGGAGUCAGCGGUCCUGGAAGCCGGAGUCAGCGGUCCUGGAAGCCGGAGUCAGUGGUCCUGGAAGCCGGAGCCAGCGGUCCUGGAAGCCGGAGCCAGCGGUUCUGGAAGCCGGAGCCAGCGGUCCUGGAAGCCGGAGCCAGCGGUCCUGGAAGCCGGAGUCAGUGGUCCUGGAAGCCGGAGCCAGCGGUCCUGGAAGCCGGAGCCAGCGGUUCUGGAAGCCGGAGCCAGCGGUCCUGGAAGCCGGAGCCAGCGGUCCUGGAACCAGAGACGGAGGUGAUGAAUGAUGACUUCAGCUGAGCGGACAUGCUUCACACGACUGUUUGUAAAAGAAGUCAAAUCCAGCUAAAUGUGGGUUUUCCUGCAAGUUCAGAGUUUAAACUAUGACAACAGAGAGAGGCGUUUGAGAGACAUUAAACACAUCUGAACUAAUAUGUAGCCUUUCAAUUUGUAUUAACACUACUUUCACUUUUCACCAUUUUCACUUUGUGUUGAAUUAAAACUUGUGGUUUGACUCAAUAAGAUUUUCUUUAACAGAGUUCAUUGCAGGGUCUGUAAUUAACUUAAGAAAAGGUGGAAUGAUGAUGUAAAUGUUUGCAUUAAAACAAUUUAAUCUUAAGUAACUUAAACGCUGAGGUUGUGAUUGGUUCCGCUUUCUUCCCUCUGAAUAUUUAGAUUCUGCUGCUGUCUCUUUAUUUCACGCAGAAACAUAAACAAGUGAACAGACUUCAUGUGUAAGAACAGUCUACUGAAACUGUUGGACUUUCUCACUGGCUCUGAGAUGGAGACAAUAAAUAGCACAAGCUCUGUAAACAACAUGAGAUGUAAAUGUUCGCCAUGUGAUUUGUUUCCUCGUGUGUUUCCGUAUCGUGUGCUGCAGAGUGUGUAGCUGUUCAUCCUAUGACUAUUGCUGCCUUUGUUGGGUGUGUGAAUGUCUCUCAGAGCACAUAACCUUUGCGAAUUUACAUUUCUUCAGGAAAGAAUGUAAUGUUCUCUACAUUAUGAAUACAGAUAUUCAGUCUCCAGCAGAUAUUUUUGUUUUAGGCUAACAGUACCAAACAUGAUGCAAGUUCUUCUUCUUUUGGAUGCUUCCUGCAGGGAUCACUAGACUGAAUCAUUUGCAUUAAUUUCAAAUGAAUGAAUGUAAAUUCAGUCAUUGAAUGUUGUUAUGUACUACAUUCACGAGUCUUGUUUUCUCUGUGACCUUCCUCUCCUCCUGUAGCUUAGCUCCAAAUUCUAACUCAUAUGUCCGUAUCUGUCCUCUCCUGACCUCUUAGCCUCUCUGGCUUCCCAGCCUAAACUGUCCUUCUAAUAUAUAAAUCUGAACCUCGUCAGUUCCAGUAGC